AUGAAUAAUAAUUUAGUGUUAUUAUUAAGUUUAAAUCACCUACAAAAUAUAAAUAAAUCUUUAGAUAAAAAGAAAAAGUUAUUAAUUCAACUGCUCUCGAAAAAUGCGAAAGCUCGUAUCACAAAUUUCAUGUUAGUGACAAGUUUAUAUGAUGACAUUGAUUUUAAAAGUCAUUUCAGACUCACGAGAAAUUCAGUUGAGGUUUUAAUGUGUAAAAUGCAACCUUUGUAUAAGUCUCACAAUAUAAAAGCAGGAAGACCUGGGAUUGAUUUUCAGAAAGCUACUCUAAUGACUAUUUGGUACUUAAGUAACACUGAGACAUUUCGUCAAGUUGGUGAUCGUUUCGGCUUAAAUAGAGGGAUUGCGUGUCGUACUAUACAUAAAUAUGUACGUGCACUGUCAAACCUUCUUGAUGAAUUCAUAAUAUGGCCUAGAGGAAGUUCAGAAACAAAAACUGUACAAGAUUUUAAAAACUUACGAAUUAAUUAUGUACCAAAUACUAUUGGAUGUAUUGACGGCUGCCAUAUACGCAUGCAUUCAGCAAAAGCUAAAAGGAGUGACUACACCAACCGCAAAAUGUUCCAGUCAAUUGUUCUACUGGCUGUUUGUAAUGCUCAUUUAGAAUUUAUCUACAUAUUUUCUGGGUGGCCCGGGAGUUCGCAUGAUGCUACAGUUUUUAAAAAUUCUUUAUUAGGAGAAACUUUAAUAAACAAUCCUCAAGAAAUGAUUUCUAAAAAUCUUCAUAUUCUUGGUGAUUCUGCGUUUCCAUUACUUUUAGUACCAUACAAGGCUACCCACAUAUUGUCAGAUAGAGAAAAAUUAUUCAAUAAAAGAUUAAGUUCAACUAGAGUGGUUAUUGAACAAGCUUUUGGAUUGUUACUAGGGCGUUUUCGAAGACUCAAGUCAAUAGAAUCAAAGUCAGUUGAAUUAAUGAGUCUUAUUAUGACUGGUGCUUGUAUUUUACAUAAUUUGGCUCUUAAGAACAAUGACUUAUUUGAGAUUGAAGAUAAUGACCAAGAUUUUGACAUUCAAACUGAUGAAUUUCAUCAAAAUCUAGAUGUUCCAAUAGCAGUCACACAAAGAAAUGGUAUAGACAAAAGAAAUGAAUUGUCUCUUAGGUAA